AUGAUCCGAGACCUCGACUCCUCCAACGGAACCAUCGUAAACGGCACCAAGCUCAAGCCGGACACGCCGUUGGAGCUGAGCGACGGCGACGAGAUCAAGAUCGGGGAGUACACGUCGAUCUCCGUCAAGAUCGAAGGCCACGAAGGGAGCAGGUUGAGAAGGAAUCCGAGGCGUGGCGUGGCGGGGAAGGUGGGGACGGUUGCGAAGAGUCGGGGCCGGAGAGGGAGGGUUAAGAAGGAGAAUGAGGUCGAAGUGAAAUUGGAGGUGGAGAUUGAGAAUGAUGAGGAAAUUGGUGCAGCAGCACCGGUUGCUGAGAAUCGGGCCCGGAGAGGAAGGAAGAGAAUUCUGAAUUGGAGAAAGAGUGGAGAAGCCAAAGAGGGGCCGGGGCCGGCCGAGGAAAGCAAGGGUUUUGAAGAUGUAGAGUGUGAACAAGUGAAGAUUGAACCUAAGAGGCGUGGUGGGGGUAGGAAGAGGAAGAAUGUGCAAGAAGUGCCGCGGGUGUGUGAGGAAGGUAAUGUUGCGGCGGAGAAAGAUUUGGGAGAAAUUGGUCCAGUUGGUGUUAAUGGCGAUAACGAUGAUAAAGGGGAUGUUCCGGAGCAGAAGGAUUUGGGGGGAAUAGGUCCAGUUGAUCUCAAGGAGAAUGGAGUGGAUGAUGAUGCUGCUAAAGGGUUGAAUUUUGGGGAUGAAGAGGCAGCAGCCGAUUUUGAUGUGGGAGAGAGUGGCAAUGAUAAUGAGAAGGCAAAAGGGUCCAAUUUGGGCCAUGAAGAGGCAGCCACUGACUGUAAUGUUGGAGAGAGUGGCAAUAAGGUUGAAAGUGGUAGUAGAAGCUGUUUCGGUGUUAGUGGUACUAAGGAUGUGGAUAACAAGGGGACUGGUUCUGGUGUUAAAGAAGGUUUGGGAAAGGUUUGGCAGGAGCCAGAUUUGGAGAAGAUGACUUUGGAUGAUUGGUUUGAUUAUGUGGAAGUUUCUUUGCCAAAAGCGGUUAAUGAUGAGAUUGACAAGAUUUGUUCUGGAAUGAGAGAGAAGGCUAAGCUAGUCCAGGAGUAUAUGGCACAACACAAGAAGGAGAAGGGUCAAAGUUAG